UGCUCAUUAUACAGUCGGACAGUGAAGCUGCGCCGUCUGGUCGUGCUGCCUGGUGGUUAGUCCAGCUUCUCGGCCCUCGGUCAUCUACUCAUCUCCGGUCUGCAGGCCAUGUCGUCAUAGAAGAUGGACCAGGCAUUGCUGUGAACUGGAUUUUCUGCCCGUGUACACCGUGUUAAUUAGGGGAUAAGCCUGGACGCGGAGGAUUCAUAAUGAUGUCCUCAUACUACCACCCUGCCAAGGAAGCAGACAUGGCGGCCAUGACAGAGCCGCUCUGCCUGGAAAGAGAUGUGUGCAGGGUGAUCGAGCUGCUGGACCGGCUGCAGCGGAGUGGUGAGCUGCCUCCCCCCAAACUGCAGGCCCUGCAGAGGGUCCUACAGAGCAAAUUCUGUGCCGCCAUCAGAGAGGUUUAUGAGCAGCUGUAUGACACUCUGGACAUUGUUGGAGGACCAGAGGUGCGAGCACAGGCAACAGCCAAGGCCACAGUGGCAGCCUUCGCGGCCAGCGAGGGCCACGCCCACCCAAGGGUGGUAGAGCUGCCCAAGACAGAGGAGGGCCUGGGUUUUAACAUCAUGGGGGGGAAAGAGCAGAACUCCCCGAUCUACAUCUCCAGAGUGAUCCCUGGGGGGGUGGCCGACCGCCAAGGAGGGCUGAAGAGAGGAGACCAGCUGCUGUCUGUCAAUGGCGUGAGCGUUGAGGGGGAGCACCAUGAGAAGGCCGUGGAGCUUCUGAAGGCAGCCCAGGGUUCCGUCAAGCUGGUGGUCCGCUACACCCCAAAGGUCCUGGAGGAAAUGGAAGCUCGCUUUGAGAAGAUGAGGAGUGCCCGGAGACGACAGCAGCACACCAGCUACUCGUGAGGCAGCUUAUCUCUGGAGUCCAGGGGCUAGCUGCUCCAGUGCCUCCAUCCACCUCAUCGUCCACCCCUCCGCGCUCUUCUGUUCCAGUGGGAGGCAAGACUGUAGACGAGAAGCAAAAAACCAAAGUAGCCUACCAACACCUGUUACAUGAACUUCUUCAUGAAGCCAACGCUGCAGUGUAGGAUUUUCUCCCCUCCCUCUUUCUUAGAGAAAUGCAGAGUAAGCUUGUUGUCAGACCUCACCUGUAAUUUCAUCUUCCCAGUGUGAAAUCAUCCUCAGCGUCCUGUUACAUAAGGGCAACACAUUCUCUUUAGUGUGUGUGGCUUAACUAGAAGCUAGUAUUAAUAUUCUCAUGUGGUUUUAUUUUACUGCAUUCUCAUGUAGUGCGCUGCAUUCCUCAGCAGUGUCCACUGUGUGCAGUUAGACCGCAGUAGCAGAGGGAAGGUGGAAACUGACGCCUUCAGCCUUCACAGCCAUUUCUCCAUCAAAUGUCCCAGCUAGAGGGCUAACCAUUAGCAUUAUGAAGAGCUACACAUAAGUCAGUGGCUGGCAAGUGUCCAUUUAGUCAUAGUUUUAAGAAUUUGUGUGUUCAUUUGUUUGCAUAAUUAUUCAUGAAAUAAAGUCUUAACUGUGAAAAUUGAA